GCAGAUGGCGGAGGAGUCGCACAGCUCGCUGGCCACGCUGCAGUCGCAGCUGGAGGAGUUCAAGGAGAAGUCGCGGAAGGAGAUCACGGACUCCCAAAAACAAGCCAAGGACCGGGGCGCCGAGGUGGAAAAGAUGCAAUUCAACAUGGGGCGGCUGCAGGACGAGGUCGCCCGGCUGAAGCAAGCGCUGCAGGACAGCCAGGCGGAGCGGGAGAGCGCGCUGCUGGAUAAGGAGGUGCUGCUCCAGCGCCUGCGCAACCUCGAGCAGGAGAUGGAGACCAAGAAGCGCUCCCAGGACGAUCGCUCGCGGCACGUCAAGGCGCUGGAG